UACCGCCCCGUUGAGAAACAGUACUGCCAUGGACUAAUUGCGACAGUGUCGUAAAACGCCAAUGUUAUGGUCGUAAAUUGGAGCAGUCGCCAGUCGUCCUCUGAGCUGAGUUUUCAGUCGCCCUUCAGCCUUCAACACAAGAGUGCUCUUCUCGGCCAAAACAGACAUCCACCCAGCGUUACACCAUGGCGGGGACAAUUGCACGGAAAGCCAUUGACCACCUGAAGAGCAAAGACUUCAGGGAUUAUUUGAUGAGCACUCAUUUCUGGGGUCCCGUAGCAAACUGGGGUCUUCCUAUAGCAGCCAUCACAGACAUGAAGAAGAGCCCCGAGAUCAUCAGUGGCAGGAUGACCUUCGCUCUGUCCUGCUAUUCACUGCUCUUCAUGAGGUUUGCCUACAAGGUGCAGCCACGCAACUGGCUACUGUUUGCUUGCCAUUUGACCAAUGAGGCAGCACAGCUGACCCAGGGAGCUCGUCUCAUCAAAUACAACAUGGAGAAGAAGAAGGGAUCCUAGUGAGCAGAGCGAAGCAGAUGCAGAACGUUCACUGAGUGGCACCAUGCUGCUUCAACAGCCACCUAAACCUGGACAUCAAAACUAAUGUAUCUAAAUAUCAAAUUAUUGAUACUGUGGUACUUGCACCAUUUAUGUAAACCGGAUGUUACCAUGGUUGAUCUUCCACAUGAAGUUUUAAUCACUUUUUACUGCACAAACCCCUCC